AUGAUGGCAAGAUGGCACAGGACAGACAAGAAGAGUGGUGUGGCAAUAUACAAUUUCAAAGGUACAGGGAUAUCACAGUUACCUCUCCAGAUUGGUGAUGUGGUCCAUAUCUUGGAGGCCUGUGAAGAUUGGUACAGGGGUUAUCUAGUAAGACAUAAAGGACUGGAGGGAAUAUUUCCUAAAUCUUUUAUCCACAUCAAGGAAGUUUCUGUGGAAAAGAAAAGACAUGCAGAAAACAUAAUACCUGCUGAAAUCCCUUUAGUGCAAGAAGUUACCACUACCCUCUGGGAAUGGGGCAGCAUCUGGAAACAGCUCUAUGUGGCAAAUAAGAAAGACCGGUUCCAGCAGGUACAGUCUAUGAUGUGUGACUUAAUGGAAUGGCGAUCGCAACUUCUAUCUGGGACUCUGCCAAAAGAUGAACUGAAAGAACUCAAGCAGAAAGUCACUUCCAGAAUUGACUAUGGUAACAAGAUACUUGAGCUAGACUUAAUAGUUAGAGAUGAAGAUGGGAAUAUCUUGGAUCCAGAUAAAACCAGUGUCAUCAGCCUAUUUCAUGCACAUGAAGAAGCAACUAAUAAAAUCACUGAGAGGAUUAAGGAGGAAAUGUCAAAGGAUCAACCAGAUUAUGCAUCGUACUCGCGAAUGUCUUCAUCCCCCACCCACAGUCUGUACGUCUUCGUGCGGAAUUUUGUUUGCCGAAUUGGGGAGGAUGCAGAGCUCUUUAUGUCACUAUAUGACCCACAGAAACUAACAAUUAUAAGUGAGAACUAUUUGGUGCGAUGGGGGAGCAAAGGUUUUCCAAAGGAAAUCGACAUGCUCAACAAUCUGAAAGUAGUAUUCACAGAUCUUGGAAAUAAAGACCUUAGCAGAGAUAAAGUUUAUUUAGUUUGCCAAAUAGUCCGAGUUGGAAGGAUGGAUCUCAAAGACAGCAACUCCAAAAAAUGCACGCAGGGACUGAGGCGGCCUUUUGGAGUAGCAGUUAUGGAUAUUACAGAUAUCAUAAAAGGAAAAUCUGAAAGUGAUGAAGAAAAGCAGCAUUUCAUUCCCUUUCACCCGGUAGUAGCAGAGAAUGACUUUUUACACAGUCUGCUAAGCAAAGUCACAGCAUCAAAAGGAGACAGUGGUGGACAAGGUCUUUGGGUAACUGUGAAAAUGCUUGUUGGCAAUGUGACUCAAACUAGGAAGGACUAUCCACACCUUGUAGACAGAACCACAGCUGUUGCUAGAAAGCUGGGAUUCCCUGAAAUAAUCAUGCCAGGAGAUAUAAGAAAUGACAUUUAUAUUACAUUGAUCUCUGGAGAUUUCGAUAAAUACAAUAAAACAACUCAGAGAAAUGUGGAAGUGAUAAUGUGCGUUUGUGAUGAAGAAGGAAAAGUGAUAUCAAAUGCUGUUUGCUUGGGAGCGGGGGACAAGCCCGUGAGCGAGUAUCGAUCCGUUCUCUACUACCAGGUCAAGCAGCCCCGCUGGAUGGAAACACUAAAGGUAGCAGUCCCAAUUGAAGACAUGCAGAGAAUACAUUUACGUUUCAUGUUCAGACACAGGUCAUCUCAAGAGUCUAAAGAUAAAGGAGAAAAGAAUUUUGCAAUGGCUUACAUAAGGUUAAUGAAAGAAGAUGGAACAACUCUGCAAGAUGGCAUCCAUGAUUUGCUAGUCCUAAAGGGUGAUAGCAAAAAAAUGGAAGAUGCCAGUGCCUAUUUGAUGUUACCUUCUACACGCCAGCACACAGAAAGUAAAGGAGCAACUAUAGGCAGGAACUCAAGCAUUGUAGGGGGGCUUUCAGUAAGCUCACGAGAUGCAUUUUUUAUUUCAACGCUCGUUUGUUCUACGAAGUUAACGCAAAAUGUGGGCCUACUGGGCCUUUUGAAGUGGCGUAUGAAGCCAGAGCUGCUACAGGAAAACCUGGAAAAAUUGAAGAUUGUGGAUGGAGAGGAGGUUGUGAAGUUUCUCCAAGACACGCUGGAUGCCCUGUUUAACAUCAUGAUGGAACAUUCCCAUAGUAAUGAGUAUGACAUCCUUGUCUUUGAUGCACUGAUAUAUAUAAUAGGGCUCAUUGCGGAUCGCAAGUUUCAACAUUUCAACACCGUUUUGGAAGCGUAUAUCCAACAGCAUUUUAGUGCAACUUUGGCAUACAAGAAAUUAAUGACAGUUCUGAAGACUUACUUGGAUACUUCUAGCCGAGGAGAGCAGUGUGAACCAAUUCUGAGAACUCUGAAAGCUUUGGAAUAUGUGUUUAAAUUCAUUGUUAGGUCAAGGAAAUUAUUUUCACAGUUAUAUGAAGGCAAAGAGCAAACCGAAUUUGAGGAAUCUAUGAGGAGACUCUUUGAAUCUAUCAACAACCUGAUGAAAAGUCAGCAUAAAACAGCCAUUUUGUUGCAGGUUGCUGCCUUGAAGUACAUACCAUCAGUUCUUCAUGAUGUUGAAACUGUCUUUGAUGCCAAGCUACUGAGCCAACUGCUGUAUGAAUUUUACACUGGCAUUCCACCUGUGAAACUGCAGAAGCAGAAGGUGCAGUCCAUGAAGGAAAUAGUACGCAGCAACCUUUUUAAAAAACAAGAAUGCAGGGACAUUCUGCUUCCUGUUAUUACUAAAGAGCUGAAGGAGUUACUGGAACAAAGAGAUGAUCAGCAGCUCCAAGUCCAAGAGAAGAAGUACUGUGUUGAAUUACUCAAUAGCAUCCUGGAAGUUCUGAGCUGUCAAGACCCUGCAUCAACUUAUGACCAUAUUCAAGAAAUAAUGGUACAGUUGUUACGCACAGUGAACAGAACUGUUAUUGCAAUGAGACGAGAUGACCCCUUAAUUAGUCAUUUUGUAGCCUGCAUGACCGCCAUCUUAAACCAGAUGAACAACCAACAUUACUCGGUUUAUAUUGAAACUUUUCAGACAAGUUCGGAACUAGUGGACUUCUUGAUGGAAACAUUUAUAAUGUUCAAAGAUCUCAUUGGAAAGAAUGUUUACCCUGCAGAUUGGAUGGCAAUGAGCAUGGUGCAGAACAGGUAA